AUGGACCAGAAGACCUCCAACCCAACCUGGAGACCCCAACCUGGAGACCCCAAUCCAGAUGAGGAGACCUCGACCUGGACCAGGAGACCCCAACCAGGAGACCCCGACCCAAGUGAGGGAACCUUGACCCCAACCAGGAGACCCCGACCUGGACCAGGAGACCCCGACCUGGAGACCCCAAUCCAGAUGAGGAGACCCCAACCUGGACCAGGAGACCCCGACCUGGACCAGGAGACCCCAACCAGGAGACCCCGACCCCAACCAGGAGACCCCGACCCAAGAGACCCCGACCUGGACCAGGAGACCUCGAUCCAGAUGAGGAGACCCCGACCUGGACCAGGAGACCCCAACCAGGAGACCCCGACCCAAGCGUUGUACGUCGGUGACACCGCGGGGACGAACGACACGGUGACGGUGACGGUGACGGCGGCGGGGGGUGGCACCGAGGAGAGCGGCACGGACGCGCCACCGGCGAGGAGGGAGAGGAAUGUCACGGGAAGAACUGAGGAGGGAAAUGCCACCACGGUGGGAAGUGUCACCAGGGCCACCACGGUGGGAAGUGUCACCGGGGCCACCAUCGUGGGAAGUGUCACCGGGGCCACCACGGUGGGAAAUGUCACCAGGGCCAUCACCAGUGGCAGCGUCAUGGGAAGGAACGGCACGGUCACCGCGGUGGUCAGCGCCAACACGGACCAUGAUGUUGUCACCAGCUCUGACCAUGACGUGGUCACCACCACAGAGAGGGACAUGAUGGUCAGUGCCAACACGGACCAUGAUGUGGUCACCAGCACUGACCAUGACGUGGUCACCAGCACUGACCAUGAUGUGGCCACCAGCUCGGACCAUGACGUGGUCACCACCAUGGACCAUGACGUGGUCACCAGCACAGAGAGGGCCACCAGGGUCAGGGGCAGUGUCCCCAUGGCCACCACCACAGGGGACAACACCACGACGGUGCCACCAGAGCGGCGGGUGAGAAACGUCACGGGCUGGUCCGUGAGGAGCCACAGCGGGGCCACCACCCUGGAGGGUGAGACCGCAGCCGUGGACGGUGACACCGCGGUCACUCCCUCAGACCUCGCGGAGGGAGAGACCACGGCCAUGGAGGGUGAGAACGAGGUCACCGAGGGUGACACCGAGGCCACCCCCAUAGAAGGUGACACCGAGGCCACCCCCAUGGAAGGUGACACUGAGGCCACACCGGUGGCCACCACAGUAAGGAACACCAGGGCCACCACCGUGGAAAGUGACACCACGACGAUGCUGCCAGAGCUCCUGGGAGGCCUCAGCAGGGCCACCACCAUGGAAAGUGACACCACGGCCAUGGGGAAUGCCACCAGGGCCACCACCAUGGAAAGUGACACCACGGCCAUGCCGGUGGCCACCAUGGGAGGCCACACCAGGGCCAUGGAGAACAACACCAGGGCCACCACCAUGGAAAGUGACACCAGGGCCAUGGGGAACACCACCAGGGCCACCACCCUGGAGAGCCACACCCUGUCCACCCUCCCCAUUGUCCCUGCUGACGUCACCUCAACGCCAGCCCCGCCCAAUGCCACCAACACCACCCUGGAUGUCACCGAGACCACGGCGGUGACGCCCCAGGCCCCGCCCAAUGCCACCGAAGCCACCGGGGCGCUGGGCCACGGCUCUGCCGGGACCACCGGGGACGUUCUGAGCAGCACGGCCACCUCCGCUGUGGCCACCGUGGCCACCAUCUGCCUCUUCCUCCCACACGGCUCCAGCCCCCCGGCCAGUGGGUGUCCUGGGGGGGUCACGGGGUUCAGGGUGGGGGUCUCCUGGGGUGGGGUCUCCUUCCCAAGGGUCUCCUGGGGUGAGGAUGAAGAGGAGGAUGAAGGUUCUGGGGUGUCUUGGGGUCUCUUGGGGUGGGAUCUCCUCUCGGGGGUCUCCUGA